AUGGGCUUAAAGACCCUUAGGAUCACCUUAAUACCUUCAAAACGACGCUGGUCCUUCAACAGCCCCCUAACGAGAUACUGUCGCUCCUUCCCCACCACUCUCAAAGGAGCUGCAAGGGAAUGGUUCAUAAAGUUGCCAACAUCGUUCAUUGACAACUUCGAGCAGUUGAGCAACGCCUUCUUGCGCCACUUUAUUGGAGAGCAAUGCCCUAAGAGGCCAGCGGACCACUUACUCACUAUUAGGCAAGGAGAAAAGGAAACCCUGAGGUUGUACGUGAAACGUUUCACUCGGGAGACCCUGGAGGUAGACGAAGCUGACGACAAGGUGCAGCUGACGACCUUCAAAGCGGGAUUGAGGUCUAGAGAGCUCGUGGCUUCACUCGCGAAGAAUCCUCCAAAGAUGAUGGCAGAUAUGCUCCAAAAAGCACAUAAAUACAUGAAUACUAAAGGUGCAUUAGUAGCCAUAAGGGAUGUAGAGAAGCCAAGAGACAAAGGAAGGAAGGACGACAAGCGUAGGGGACAAAAGAGGGAGCAUCCAGAUCGUCGGACCAGUGACGGGAAUAGAAGGAAAGACGAUAAAAGUCCUCGAACGGUAAAAUUUACCCCUCUAGUUAUGCCUAUUGACAAAAUAUUAACACAGAUUAAGGAUGAGCACUACCUCAAAUGGCCGAAACCAUUACAUUCAUCCCUUAACGUUCGUGAUAAGAAUAAGUACUGCCAAUUUCACAAGGAUCAUGGCCACUACACAGAAGAUUGUCGGGACCUAAAGGAGCAAAUAGACGAGUUGAUACGAAAAGGGAAAUUGCAGAAAUAUGUGAAGAAGGGGGAGUAUAGUAAGUUCAGAAACGGCAAUAAGAGCCAGCAUGAAUCUUCGUCCAGGAGUGAUGAUCGUCUGUUCCAACCUUCACAGGAUGUGAUCGGGGAGAUAAAGACGAUCGCAGGGGGGCCCUUCACAUGA